CAGCCCGCAGCGCCCCUUCACAUGCCAUCACAGCAGCCGGCCAGAGCCCCCUGACUCGCCCAGGAGAUCUGCUCCUCUGCCCUGGGGAAGAUGGGCCGGAGGGGGGCUGCCCCCAGUUCUCCUCUCGGUGAACCAAGAAAGUUUGAUCCAAGGUUUAAAGGACCCAUUGGACAAAGGCACUGUACAGAUGUCCUGUGCUGCGUCAUUUUUGUGGUAGUGAUCCUUGGUUACAUUGCACUAGGGAUUGUAGCGUGGAUUCAUGGCGACCCAAGAAAAAUUGUGUACCCAACAGACAGCUACGGGCAGUUUUGUGGGCAAAAGGGUACAGCUAAUGAGAACAAGACUAUAUUGAUGUAUUUUAAUAUUCUACGAUGUGCAAAUCCAAUUGUGCUUAUAAACCUACAGUGCCCUACCACACAGCUCUGUGUAUCAAAGUGCCCAGACAGAUUUGCUACCUAUCUAGACAUGCAAGCAAAUAGAUAUAACAGCAGCUACUGGCUCUAUUACAAGCAGUUCUGCAGGCCUGGAUUUGACAACCCCAAAAAGUUUAUUACAGAAGUCCUAAGGGAUGAAGAUUGCCCAUCAAUGAUUAUCCCUAGCAGGCCGUUUCUCCAGAGAUGCUUCCCUGAUUUUUCCACAAGGAAUGGCGUGCUGACCGUUGCAAACAAGACCUUAUUCAAAGAUGGGAACGGUCACAUGAGAAAUGUAACAGACCUCAGAGAAGCUGCCAAUGGUAUUAAUAGCGUAAUUGACGCAAGAUCUGUGGGAAUGAAGAUUUUCGAAGACUAUGCGAGUUCCUGGUAUUGGAUAUUGAUUGCACUCUUUAUUGCUAUGGUUAUAAGUCUACUUUUUCUAAUACUCCUGAGGUUUACAGCUGGAGUAUUUUUCUGGAUUUUUAUAUUCGGUGUAAUUGGAGUGGUAGGAUAUGGCAUCUGGCAUUGUUUUUGGGAAUAUGACAGCUUAAAAGGAGUACCCGGUGCUGACUUAACUAUAUAUGACAUUGGGUUACAGACGGACUUUAGAGUUUACUUACAAUUGAGGCAAACGUGGUUAGCAUUUAUGAUCAUACUCUGUAUUGUUGAAGUUAUCAUCAUACUGAUGUUGAUCUUCCUAAGAAAUAGAAUUCGGAUUGCAAUUGCACUUUUGCAGGAAGGAAGCAGAGCUAUUGGAUACAUCAUGUCUACAUUGUUUUAUCCAAUCAUUACCUUCAUACUGAUUGCAAUUUGUAUUUCCUACUGGGCUGUCACAGCAGUUUUUUUGGCUACAUCAGGGGAAGCUGUAUAUAAAGUUAUGGCAAAUAAAACUCUUUGCAAAUAUGCAGAUAUAACUUGUAUUCCUGAAACUUUCAAUACAACUAAUGUGACCAAGCUGUGUCCGGGUGCGCAAUGUGCUUUUGCUUUUUAUGGUGGUGAAAGUUUUUACCACAAGUACAUUUUGGUUUUUCAGCUUUGCAAUGUUUUUGUCUUUUUGUGGCUGGUGAAUUUUUCCAUAGCAUUGGGUCAGUGUACCCUAGCUGGUGCCUUUGCCUCUUAUUAUUGGGCUUUUAAGAAACCUAAGGAUAUACCACCGUGUCCAUUGUUUUCUUCAUUUGGACGAGCAAUAAGAUAUCACACUGGAUCACUGGCAUUUGGAUCUUUAAUCAUUGCACUUGUUCAGUUUAUACGAGUUAUUUUGGAAUAUUUGGAUCAUAAACUCAAAGCUACCCAGAACUCGUUCACAAAAUUCUUACUAUGUUGCUUGAAAUGUUGUUUCUGGUGUUUGGAAAAAUUCAUUAAGUUCAUUAACAGAAAUGCGUAUAUCAUGAUUGCUAUUUAUGGUAAGAAUUUCUGUACAUCCGCAAAAGACGCAUUUUUUUUACUUAUGAGGAAUAUUGUACGGGUUGCGGUGUUGGACAAAGUAACAGAUUUUCUAUUGUUUCUUGGAAAAAUCUUUGUUGCUGGUUCAGUUGGAGUUCUGGCCUUCUUUUUCUUCACAAGAAAAAUACCCCUGAUCACUGAUGAAGUUCCAACAUUGAAUUACUACUGGGUACCUCUUUUGACAGUAAUUAUUGGGUCCUAUCUAAUUGCACAUGGAUUCUUCAGUGUCUAUGCAAUGUGUGUCGACACACUUUUCCUGUGUUUUUUGGAAGAUGUAGAGAGAAAUGAUGGUUCAGCUGAAAAACCCUUUUAUAUGAAUAAAACUCUGAUGAACAUCUUGAACAAGCAAAAUGUACCAACCAGAGGUACAGUAGAACAGUAAAAUAAAAGUGAAAGAGUAGCAACGUGAUUUUUUUUUGUAGUACUAAACCUGGAUUUGUGUAAAUAUUUUAUACCAAAGUCUAACAGACAUGCAAAGCUUGCAGCAGCACUGGAAAAAAAUAAUAUUGUAUAGUUUUAUAAAGGACUAUAUUAAACAAUUUUGUAUUCUCAAAGAUGAUGCUUUUGGGUGUCAGUCCACUUAAUUGUUUUUGGAUCACUUUUUCCAAUACUGACAGGGUUAAUGCUAAUAAAUAAAUUGUGUACAAAAUAUUAAAAAAAAAAAAUGUUUUGUAAAUGUAAUUUUAUUGUUAAAAAGAAGACACAUAGGAUUCCAUUGUGUGAAUUGUAUUUAUAUGAUUAAUUUGUGAUGCUGUAACUCAUUUUAUACAAAGUGCCUUACUGGCUGUUGUGUAUAUUGCAGGGAGCAUGUGUCUACAGAGAUUUUGUAACUAUGUAAAAGAAAAAAAUGUGUCUGAUUAGAAAACAAUAUCUCAAAUAAUCUCGAGACUUAAGGGCCUUAUUCAAUAAUAAUAAUAAUAAAAAAUCAAUAAAAUGUUUCUCACGACUCUGAAGUUCAAAAUUAUUUACUAUUAACUUUUUUAAUGCACCUAUCCAUAGCAAUUUAUUUAAAAAGUAAAAUGUUGCAAACAAAUAAAAUAAAAAAAAAUGAAUUGCAACAAUUUUUACAACAUUAUUAAAUAUAAAUAAUUAAACCUACAAUAAAAAAAGUAUUUAAAUAAAAGAAUUAAAGGGGCAGUGUACACCUUGGUAUUUCUAUAUCAAAUGUUUAGUUGUGUGGUAACACAUAAUGAAAAUAUACCUUCAUUAUUUAUUUUGCCCACUUUUCAUAUAAUUGUGGAUUUUGUAAUUAGAGCUGGAAAUGCACACUGCAGAUACCUUUAGGUGAACACUGCUACAUAGCUUUCCCUAACUGGAUUUAGCAGAUAAAAAUGGCAAAACAAUGCAGUUUAUACUAAAAUAAUGACCAUGGGAAGCCUUGCAAGCUUCAGACUCAAGCCUGGAUAGGCUCCUUUAGAUAAGGCAACUGAGGCAACCAUGAUGUUAAUUUGUUUUAAAAAUUUAGAGUUGGCUGAUAUGUUAUUCUAAAUCUAGACAACAGAUUGUGAUUACAAGGUAUAAAUGUUCUAAAGGCUAAACUAGUUAAGAAAUGCAAAGUAAACUUGACUAAAUAAUCAAUUUAUAAAAGAAAACAUUGGUAAUACCAACUGAGCAUUUAGGUUAAAUAUAAAAUUACAACAUAAAAAAAUGGAAAUAUCCACAGGUGAGAAAAUAAAUUAAUAUUUUGUAUUUUAUGUACUAUUCGAUAGUUAAGGUGUUUAAAUAAAUAUUACUGAAAAGUAUUGUACUAAUGAAAUGAAAAACUUUGUAAAAUUUAAGAAAAAAACAAAAAUUAACUUAUAAUUAAUUUUCUUUAAUGUUCAAUUAAGAUUUUUUUUUGUCAGUUGAAUAAGGCCCUAAAUCUAUAACAACUAAGAUAUAGUGAGGAUUGAAUAUUAUACAUAUUUUAAAUAAAUUAUUAAUCUCUGUAACAUGAUUUUACUAGGUAUUCUCUGUAUUAAAAAUAGGGAAUCAAUUUUUUUUAUGGUGAAUGGGAAAGAAGAUGAAUUAGAGUCAUCAAAAUAAACUGGUUAUAAAAUUAUUUAUAUGUAGAAUAGACAUUCAAGAUCUAUUUGGUGUGCUGUAUAUAAUAAACUGUAUUAUUUUUCUCAAUUAAAGGGACAGUCUAGGCCAAAACAAACUUUCAUGAUUCAGAUAGGGCAUGUAAUUUUAAACAAUUUUCCAAUUUACUUUUAUCACCAAUUUUGCUUUAUUCUCUUGGUAUUCUUAGUUGAAAGCUUAACCUAGGAGGUUCAUAUGCUAAUUUCUUAGACCUUGAAGGCCACCUCUUUUCAGAAUGUGUUUUAACAGUUUUUCACCACUAGAGGGUGUUAGUUCAUGUGUUUCAUAUAGAUAACACUGUGCUCGUGCACGUGAAGUUAUCUGGGAGCAGGCACUGAUUGGCUAAACUGCAAGUCUGUCAAAAGAACUGAAAUAAAGGGGCAGUUUGCAGAGCCAUAGAUACAAGAUAAUCACAGAGGUUAAAAGUAUAUUAUUAUAACUGUGUUGGUUAUGCAAAACUGGGGAAUGGGUAAUAAAGGGAUUAUCUAUCUUUUAAAACAAUAACAAUUCUGGUGUAGGCUGUCCCUUUAAACAGCUACUUCAUGUGAGCAAAGCUAAGGUUUAAAAGUUGUUUAAAUAUAAAAAUGCAAUAUUUUCUUUCUGAUAGUCAAUUUUCUCAACAAUUUAUUUGUGAAUUUGCAGAUUAUUGCAAUGCAGUCAUAUCAUUUGUUAUCCCAAAUUAAUUUUAUGUGGGAACUCUUUAUUAUUAUUAUUAUUAUUUCACAUAUAGUUGAUCCUAAAGGGACAGAAAAGUCAAAAUAAAAUGUUCAUGGUUCAGAUAGGACAUGCAAAUUUAAACAAUUUUCCAAUGCACUUAUAUUAUCUGAUUUGCUUUGUUCUCUUAGUAUUUUUUGUUUGAGUAAAAUUAAAGUAGAUUGAGAGGAGCUUAAGAGUUUGCAUUCAGUAGUUUUGCUCACUGCUGAAUGUGGAAUGCGGCCACUGGCAGCAUUCGGCACUUUCAGAGUCUUGUGAAAGUGCUACACAAUGGAUGUGCAUAGAUAUUAGUUGGUUGCACUUUCACAAGAAGUAAUCUGGUUCUAAAAGGUGCUGAAUGCUGCAAGCAGCUGCCUUCCAAAGGAUACCAAGCAAACUAAGCCAAAUUUAAAAAAAUGGAAAGUUGUUUAAAAUUUCAAGCUCUAUCCAUUCAAUUUAAGUUUAAUUUUGACUCCACUGAAGUACCCUGUUAAUAGUCUCCCCCAGUUAUAUUUUUACAUAAACAUAGAAAUAAUUCACUUAAUAAAAUUGGAAUUUUUUUUAUUAAUUAAUAUUUUGGCCUGGAAUAUCACACCUCACCAUUCAUUGGAGCUACUAUUGAGUGUGAAUUAUGGGGCUAUCGGAACUUCUUCAUUGGCAGCGCCCUGGUAAUGGGAUAUGAACAUUUUUAGUCUAAAACCACUUUGGCUUGAUUAUUAAUCCUAAUGGUUUGAGAUUGUAAAUCCCUCUUUAAUGGAGGAUAUGGAGAAAUGUAUCGUGCACUGCAUUUGAUACUUUGUAAUUAAAAUGUAUAAACAUUUCAUACUUUUGAUAAUUAAAACGUUUGUAGAAAAAAAAUGACUAAUUUAGCAAUCUAUAAUGGCUUUUUACUACAGCCUUACACUGAACCAUGCUGUUCCAUUGUAAUACCCCUUCACAAUUGUAGGUGACAGUGAAAAGUGUAAUGUGUAAAAGUCCAAUGCAUUUUGUACUAACUCAUUUUAACUGGUUCUAGCUCUUAUAUAUUGUCUAUUAAUGACAGCAUGACUUGAGGGUCCAUAUUCUGUGUGCUUCUGCUGUGCAGAAUUAGAAAUGCUUUUUUUCAAUAAUAAAAUCUCUCAACAAAAUAUUUAUUUUAACAUUUGUGAAGCUGGGUGCUUUGCAGCAGUGAAGUUUUGCUUGAUAAUUAUUAAAAGUGUUGGAACAACUAAUUUCUGAAAUGUUGUUUGUUGAAAAUAUUUUUCAAAUAAAGAUUGUUUCAUAAA